AUGGCAGAUAUAAUGUCGAACAAAAGAGUACUGGAAUACCAGUCUGACAACGAUUAUGUUCAGAGUAAAUCCAAGAAACAAAGGAAUACACCACUGUCGGCACCAUCCAAGGUGGUCCAUCUGCGCAACCUGCCAAUGGAUUGCACCGAGCCUGAGAUCAUCGCGCUUGCCAGUCCAUUCGGCCACGUCGAGCACAUCCUGAUACUCAAGGGCAAGGGUCAGGCAUUUAUCCAAAUGGCCGAACUCAACAAUGCCUCUGCCUUUGUUCAAUUCUACAGCAACAUCCAAGGAGUAAUUCGAACCAAAGAUUUCUUUGUCCAAUUCUCCACAAGAGAUGAGAUAACAUCACAUUCAUCAAUCGAAACACCAAACAAUAUACUACUCACGACCAUCACCAAUAUAUUAUAUCCAGUCACAAUUGAUAUGUUGUAUCAAUUGUUUUCAAAGUAUGGCAGUAUACUCAAGAUACUGAUAUUCUCCAAACAAGGUAACUUCCAGAGUCUAAUUCAACUAUCGACGACAGAGGCAGCGAUUGCCGCAAAGAGAGAUCUGGAAGGACAGAAUAUAUAUAAUGGAUGUUGUAAUUUGAAGAUACAAUAUUCAUCAUUAACAAGUUUGAGGAUAAAGUAUAAUAAUGAUAAGAGUAGGGAUUUUACCAAUCCAUCACUGCCAGUUGGUAAUGCAUUGAUCUCGAAUCCAAUUGGCUUUGGUAUACCAUCAAUGACAACACCUGUUAUGCAACCUCUACCACAACAACAACAACAACAACAGAUACUACAACAACAACAACAACAACCUCUACCACAACAACAACAACACAAUAUCCAAAUCCAACAACAAUCACAACAACAAUCACAACAACAACAAACACCUAUGCCAAUGGUUACACAACAGAUGAUGGUACCUCAGGUAGCAGCACCAAACAUGGCCAUGUUUCCACAAGUUGCAACAAACACUGUACUGAUAGUUGGUGGUCUGCCCGAGACUGAUGUAUCACCAGACGACCUCUACACUCUCUUUGGUGUCUAUGGCGAUCCCUUGCGAGUCAAGAUAAUGUUCAACAAGAAGGACACUGCACUGAUUCAAAUGAACCUGCCACAACAAGCUGACCUUGCCAUUCAAUAUUUAAACAACAUUCCAUUCAAGGGUCAUACGAUAAGGGUCAAUCCAUCGAAACACACUAAUGUAUCACUUCCAAAGACAGGCGACGCUCAGAGUGAACUGACAAAGGAUUAUACAGGCUCGGUUACACAUCGUUUCAAGAUGCCUGGCUCCAAGAACUACCUGAACAUCCAUCCACCCUCCACAACGCUUCACCUUUCCAAUCUCCCACAAGACCCUGACAUCGAAGACCAAGUACGCGAUCUAUUCUCCAAUUAUGGACACGUAAAGACAUUCAACCUAUUCCAGAGUAACUCUAAAAUGGCAUUGAUCGAGAUGGGUACUCUGGAAGAAUCGAUUAAUAGUUUGGUGGCCUUGCAUGGACAUACACUGGACGAUCACACGAUAAAGGUGUCAUUUGCCAAGACAUCCUUGAGAGCUGGACAUCCAAUUAGUGCACAUCAUGGUAGCAGCAACAACAACAACAUUCACAACAACAGUAGUAGUCAUCAUAAUAGUAGUAGUCAUAAUAGUCAUAGCAAUGGUCAUAAUAAUUAUGGUCAUGGUUACAAGUCCUCCUCUUCUUCCUCCUCUUCUUCCUCAUCAUCUUCCUCACCUCCAUCUUCAUCAUCAUCAUCAGCAUCAUCAGCUGCCUCGCCUGCCAGUGUUGGCAAGUAA